AUGAGUGAUGACUAGCCUGAAGCAAACAGGCUAUCAGUUAAAUAGUUGGCUGGAAGAUUUCAGUCGAUGAUGAAAGCUGCACCUGUUUAAUAACAACAACAACCUCCUCCUAGAAAAUCUGAAGUUAUUGCUAAAAAUCCAUAGCAGUAAAUGUAAAAUAAGGAAGAAACGAAUAAAGUUCUUAACAAACUUGAAUUUGCUGAAAAUGAGUAAGAUUCGAAUCCAAGACAAGGCGAAACUAUAGAAUAAUUGCAAAAAGCUAUAGAAAAUCUUCAGAGAGACUGUAACAAAAAGGAUUAGAAGAUUCAAGACUUACAAGAAAAUUUAGUUUUUAUGUCUGAAUAAAUGAAAUCGAGGGAAUCUAAGAUAAGAGAAGAAGUCUAAUAAGAAACAAAAGAAACAAGUGAGUUUGGAAAAGAGAGAGUAAAAUUAAUUGCAGAAUUGCACAAGUGUUAAGUAGAUCUAUAAGAAUCUUAAAAACAAAACGCUAACAAAUUCUCUCAAAUUUAAUAGUUGACAAACAAAGCAACUCAAAUACAAAAUUUAUCUAAAUUAGAGAUUGAUAAAUUAAAAUAAUAAAAUUAAGAAUUAGAGGAAAAACUAUUGUAAAGUUAAUAAAAAAUUGAUUAGUUAACUUAAAAAAUUGAAGAACUUAAAGAAUUAAAUAGUUAAUUGAAUCUGUAAAAUUAAGAAGUUGAAGAUGUCAAAUAGAAAUUAGAAAAAGAAUUUUAGUAAAGAUAUGAUGAGGUUGAAUUUGAAAUUAUCAAUAAUAGAUAGAUUAUUGAAGAUCUUUAAAAUUAAUUAAAGGAACUUAAAGCAUUAAAUUUACAAUUAGAAUCUGCUUCUAUUAAUGGAACAUUUGAUAUGAAAUAAUAAAUUAGUGAAUUAUAAGAUUAAACUAAUGAAUUGUAAAAUUAAAAUUAAGAAUUAUAAUAAAAGCUUCAUGCUAAAUAAGUUGAAUUUGAUUAAAUGAAUAAAGCUAAAUCAAGAGAAAUUGAAAAACUUAAACAAGAUAAAAUUGAAUUACAAUAAGAAUUAGAAUAAACAAAAUAAAUAUCAGAAUAAACCUAGGCUGAAACUGAAUCAAAUUAUAAAAAUCAAAUCUUGAUAUUAUAAGACAAAUUUUAGAAAAGUGAAGAAUAAGUAUCUAAAUUAAAUUUAAAGAUCUAAGAAUUAUCUUCUGAUCUCAUUUAAGAAAGAAUGCUUUACAAAAGUAAUGAGGCUUAAUUGAAUGGUGUCAUAACACAAUAAAAGGAUGAAUUAUCUUAAAAAUCAAGUCUUGUUUUAUAAUUGACUGAGAAGAUUAAGAUACUGCAAGAUCAUUCUGUGUAAUAGGAAACAAAUAUAUCAAAAAAUAUUGAUGACUAUAAAGUUUUACUUGACUAAAAUAAUUAAUAAAUUACACAAUUAUCUGAAUAAAUUAAGUCUUUAAAGAAAUAAUAGAGAUAAUAGGAAUAAGAAAAUAAAUAGGUGAUUUCUUAAUAUGAACAAUAAAUUAAAUAAUAUUUAGCUGAAAUUACAUAAACUAAAAUCCAGAAAAAUGAAGCAGACAACUAAAAAUAAAAUAGUGAGAGUUCAUUAAAUUAGAUUAUUGAGAAAUAAAAGGUCUAAUUAUAAUAAGCUAAUGCAAUUAUUUAAGAUUUGAAUAAUUAGAUUGAAUAAUUCUAAUAAAAUAUUUAAGAUUAGGAAGAGUAGAGAAUGAGUGUUAUGUCAGUGAAACAGUCUUUACUUAUUGAGAAAGAAAGUCAUAUCAAUACACUUGAAUAACAAGUUAUUAAAUAUUAAAAUGAAUUAACACAAAAAUAGGAUUAAAUUGUAUUAUUGCAAUAAUAAUGUGAAAAAUAAAAAUCUGAAUUUAAUUNUAUGUUAAUCUUUAUAAGAAAUUUGGAAAUCAAGCACUAAGAUAAUAAGACUAAUUGCAUUUUAAGAGACAACGUAUUUUUAGAAACACUUCUUUCAAAGAUAGAGAGAAACUACCAAUUAUGGAAUAAUCUUAGAAAAAGUGUGAUUACAGUCUCCCUGAAUUUAUCUAUCCUACUAUUCAAUAAGUAUAAACUGUUGAUGAAUAUAAUAAAAUAUUGCGAGAGAGAAUUAAGAGCAAUGAGCGUAAGGAAAGAAAUUAAUGGAAAUUGCCUCCUUUAGAAGGAGAAUAUAAAGAGAAGUAUAAAUUGA